AUGCACGCCAGCGAAUACGACUAUCUCUUCAAACUCCUCCUCAUUGGUGACUCUGGUGUCGGCAAGAGUUGUUUGCUCCUGCGUUUUGCAGAUGACACUUACACCGAGAGCUACAUUUCCACCAUUGGCGUCGACUUCAAGAUUCGUACCAUCGAACUCGAGGGCAAGACUGUGAAACUCCAGAUUGACAAGAGCGAUUCCGCACAAUCACCUCGUCCUACUACCGCGGCGCACACGGAAUUAUCGUCGUAUGACGUAACUGAUAACGACACGUUCACGAACGUUAAGCAGUGGCUACAGGAAAUCGAUCGUUACGCGUCGGAGGGUGUCAACAAGCUUCUUGUUGGUAAUAAAUCCGACUUGACCAGCAAAAAGGUUGUUGAGUACACCGUUGCAAAGGAAUUCGCCGACCAACUCUCUAUUCCGUUCCUUGAGACCUCUGCGAAGAACGCAACCAACGUCGAGCAGGCAUUCUUGACUAUGGCGAAGCAGAUCAAGGACCGAAUGGGAUCCACGACAAGCACAACUAACAACACUAAGGCCAACACCAUCACACCAGGCCAGAGCGUGAACCAGCAAUCCUCCGGAGGAUGCUGCUAA